CGUCAAUUUUCUUUUAUUUAUGGGAACUAUAUUCUCAAGUUAAACACCAGUAAAAUCAAAAUAAAUCGAAAAUCUAAGGCAAAUGUGGUUAAAACGUCUGUUCUGGUAUUCGUUUAGUUAAAAUCACAAUCUUAUGCUAAUAAAAAUAGUUGUGGACUUCUCUACAAUGGAGAAAUAUUUCCAUUAUUUAUAAACAAACUGUCAAUUAUGGUGCAACUACGAAUAUUUAGAUGAGUCGGAUUUUAGAUUGAAUGGUUUUUAGCUGACCUAUGAGAGCGAAAAACAAAAGCGUAUUAAACAUGGACGUUUUUGAUAAUGUUUUGCUGAAUGCAUCACAAUUUAUUAAAGGUCACUUGUUUUUUGUGUCUUUAAAUACCGAUAUCAAACCGAAAUCCAUCCCAUCUGUACAUUAUUUUUCAAUUGAUAAUGAACUUACAUAUGACAGCUUUUACCUCGAUUUUGGACCUUUAAAUUUGGCUAUGCUGUAUCAUUAUUGUGUGAAGCUGAGACGAAAACUUAAUAAUCCAGCUUUCGCAAAUAAGAAAAUUGUGCAUUACACAGGCUCCAAUGUGCAAAAAAGAGUUAACGCAGCUUUCCUAAUUGGGUCAUAUUCGAUAAUAUACCUCGGUUUUGAACCUGAAGAAGCGUAUGAGAUUCUGAAUCAUGACUCCACCAAGGAUUAUAUGCAGUUUCGAGAUGCAUCAAUAGGUGAACCUUACACUCUUUCAUUGUUGGAUUGCCUAAGAGCAAUUAAGAAAGCUCUGGAGUUUGGAUUUUUUAAUUUUGACAACUUUGAUUUUCUGGAGUAUGAACAUUAUGAACGAGUGGAAAAUGGAGAUUUUAACUGGAUUGUUCCAAAUAAAUUUAUUGCAUUCUGUGGUCCGCACAAUCAUUCCAAGCUGGAAAUGGGUUAUCCGAUUCAUUCACCAGAAACAUAUUUUGCUUAUUUCAGGAGGCAUAAAAUCAGCACUAUUAUUAGAUUAAAUAAAAAGGCAUAUGAUUCUUAUAAAUUUAUCCAAGCUGGUUUUGACCACAAAGACCUUUACUUCGCGGAUGGUGGGACACCUACUAGGCGAAUUAUGUAUCAUUUUAUCAAUAUCUGCGAAACAGCUAAAGGUGCCAUCGCAGUGCAUUGCAAAGCUGGGUUGGGUAGGACUGGUUCCUUAAUCGCUUGUUAUAUAAUGAAGCACUGGAAAUUUACUGCAGAAGAAGCAAUUGCUUGGAUCCGUAUAUGUCGGCCUGGUUCUAUUAUAGGCCAUCAACAAAGCUGGCUACGAGCGAGGCAGGCUCAGCUGUGGGAAGCUGGUGAAUUAUAUCGUGAACAGAAUGGUCUGUCCUCUCCUAUAAAAUUUUCUGUAGGGAUCUACAGUAUGUCUGAGCUAAAGCAAAAGAAGGGUCAGGAUAAUGUGACAGGUAUUAUGAGAAAAGUAGACUGCAUGGAAAUAAAUGACCCGCCUGAGCCCGAAUAUGAAGAAAGUAAAAUUCCCACUCAAGGUGAUAAACUAAACGAAAUUAAAGCGCAAAGAAGCAGGCUUAAGCCUCUCGGAAGCAUGAACACUGAUCGCUUGAGAAGGAUUCAUUUAACCAACGCUACUUCCAAUCAAACCACGCUAAGGGGCGGUAAGAUUAUUAGCAAUGGAUCACGCGUUUCUGGCUGCUCAAGCAACCGAAUCGUGACCAAAAGAAUUGAAACAAAAGAAACUGCUCCCAAGAAAAUAACUGCGAGGAAAGUGGUAACCCCCAUCUCCGCUUUGUCAAAUGACAAAGCCCAAUUAAGCAAUAAUAAGCUACCGGUUAAGUUGGGUUUGGUGCGAUUAGUGAAAAAUGGGCAGACCUAUCAAAACUGUCAAGCUUCAGAAGACCAAGUAAUCAAGCGCACUAAGCGGGCCUUACCAUUGGAGAAAGACAAAUGUAGCCCGAGGUCUGUAAAAGUUUUACGUCGUUCCCUGAUUAACUUUAGAUCUGAAACGUGCGAGAAAACUGACAAAAUGUAUUUACCGUCAGUGAAACUCAAUAAAAGUAUAUAAUUUUUAUCAGCACAAGACGUGUGCUCUUUGGAAUGAUGUUACUUUGUGUCGCAGGAGGAAAGUAUUAGUUUUCUAUUUGUGUAACUUCUGCCGUUUUCUGUUGUAUUGUGUUUUUAAUUCGAAUUCGAAAAGAAUAAGUAUUGUUAGAUAUAGCCUAAUUGGUGCUUUAAAGGCAUUUUCUUUUUUGGAAAGGCCUUCCCAAUGCUUUUUUAAUUUUUAUGAGUAUCUCUUUUUUUAAUGUACUUUUUUUGCUACAGCUACUGGAACCAUAUUGUAUAUAAUUUUUUUCUAAAUAACCAGUUGCUGUAAGCUGAACUUUUUUUAGUACCUUCAUCCUUGGGUUCUUUUUUGUUACAUAAAGUGAUUAUACAUUAUUAAAUGUAAAUAUUUUAGAGUAAAGGAGUGUGUUAUUACCCACAUAUUUUUUUUAAAGAUGUAUUUUUCCGUACCUAGUUAAAGAGAUUUUAUAACUUUUGUUAUCCUAUAUGAAUUAUUAAGUAACAGUUUAUGCCUUAAAUGUAUGUAGAUCAUAUCUUAGGAAAGCAAUGUUGGUAAAUAUCAAAGUGUAAAGGCAGUUACAAAAAUGCAACUGCCUUAACUUUAUGUGGGAUGUCCCUCAAUGUCUUUUUGAAAAUAUCCCGGGGUUUGUUAAAUCUCGGCAUAUAUUUCUGUUACACAUGUGAAGCUUUUUAGACUUAGUAAAUGGCUCGUUAAAGGCAAUGUAGCGAUUUUAUUGACUCAUGCAAUAUUAAUCUCGAUCAUUUAAAUUUGUCUCCCAACUUUAUUUAUAGAUCAAUAUUUCAUCUUAUGUUGUCACCAAAUAGUUGUGUGGAUCUUUUAAUAAAUGUUUU